AUGCUAUUGGUGGUUUUAACAAUUCCAUUAAUCAUUGGCGCUUCGGAAAUCAAUUUUGCACCAGCCGUAUGCCCACAGAUUCUUGGUUGUGAAUGUCUCGAAGAAACUACAUCACAAGUACGAUGUUACGGAGCUGGACCGGAAAAAAUACAAGAAAUUCUACGAGUUUAUGGCAAUGGGGUGGUAUCAAUCGAGCUUGUUCGAUAUCAAUAUGAGGAAAUCGAUUUCUCAAUGUUUGAAGUUUUUCCAAUAUUGGAAAUUUUGAGCUUUGAAGAUUCGGAAAUCGAACUUCUCAACUUUACGAAUCCCCUCAAAAAACUGAAAACGCUGCGAUUGAACAGAAAUGAAAUGACAUCAGAAAUGUUGAGUCAGAUUUGCUCGAUCGGAAAUUUCACGCCCUCUCUCAAAACGCUAUCGUUGAAAGGCAAUUAUUUGACGAAUUUCAAUUGCUCGGAUUUUGACGGAUUUAAGCUAAGCACAUUGGAUUUGAGCGAUAAUCAGCUAGCUGAGCUGAUUUAUCCGAUAAGUGUGGAGAAUCUGGAUUUGUCGAGAAAUCAACUACAAAAUUUCAACAAUCAAAGUGUCGAGAAUCUCAAAACUCUUGAUCUUUCGCACAAUUCGAUUUUCAACUGGACAACACUCACAUUCCCAAAAUUGACCAAAUUGUUGGUAGCUGGAUUAAAAUCCGAUUUUGGAUUCGAAAUCGACGCGCCCAAAUUGGAAUAUUUGAAUUUGGAUUAUUCGAAUUUGUGGUUUCUCGAUUUUCACAAGAUAAAAACGCCUAAUUUGCGAAGAUUCCUCGCAUCAAAUCUAAAUCAGCUUUCUGCUGUUUCUGGAGUCUUACCACCGAAAUUGGACGUUUUUCGACUAACCGACACCAAGCUUCACACAUUGCCAAAAACGUUCUUUGGGCACAAUAAAGGAACUCAUCGAAUAAGGAGAAGCGCCAAAAAUGUGACGUUCACUUCGAAAGAGCUUGUUUAUGAGCCAUGUCUUCUUCAAUGGUCGAUUCCAAUCUUUCACAUGACUGAUAUUGAGCAAGUCUCAAAUUACACAAUUGAUGAUUUGACGUCUGCAAAUUGCACAGUAGGAAUUUCGAAGUCGAUCCCAAUUCAUUAUGGCUUUUAUGGCAAAAAUAGUAUUGUUGAAUGUCUCGCAUACGGUAAAGAAGCUCCAAUAGUCAGCUGGUACCGCUAUCAUCCAAGCAUUUAUCUUGGAAAGUAUGAUCCGAAAACCGACGAGAUUUCACACUAUAAUGUGUCGAGGCAAACGAUAGAAAGCUAUGAAAUACUAUCAGGAGGGUAUUUGCUGAUCAAAAAUGCCAAUAGAACCCAUAUCGAGCGAUAUGUAUGUGUUGCAGAGAACAAAUAUGGAAAAGUUUACGAUAUUGUCAAGUUUAGACUUGACUACACCAGCUGGUACAGUUUUCAUGUAUUCCAUUCUGUGUUCUGGGGAGGUCUUGCGACUUCCCUCAUCGUCUGUCUUGUCUCUUUCCUUCUGAACAUCACUUGGAUACUGACGAGAAAGAGUGCCCUGUGGUGGAUUCAAAGAGCUGAACGUCUGUCGAGGGUCCGCAAAAUGGUUGAAGCGAUGGAGAAAUAUCGUGCUCGGCAAAUGGAGAAUUUGCAUGAAACUUAUACGCGAAGAGUUCAACUCGUUAGAGAUAAUUAUCAUCAACAGGUGGAAGCGCUUCGAGUGUCGUAUACAGCGCAGUCAGAGAAGUUCCGUGAUUAUCGCGCUGCUCAGAUGGACGCCGUCAGCUCGCAUCUCGAGAAUUUGCGCGAGAACUAUAAUGCGCAAUUGAGCCGUGUGCGAGAGUAUGGUUCGAAGCGAGCCGAGCAACUCUGGGAGAGCUAUGAACGCCAGGUGAACCGAAUGCGCACCUUCAGUCUACAGCAUCGUCUCAAAUUGAUGAGGCAGUACAAGGUUAAGCAGCGUUAUUUGAACAAACUUCUUGAAUCGUUCCAAACGUCGACGCAUGAUGAUGAGCUGGAGAAGGAAGAGAAAGUGAGAGCUGCUUUGGAGAUGCUCGAGCAUCCGGAUGUCGAAAUUCCGGAAACGAGCUCAAUCCGAAUGUCGCGCGCUUCAUCGUUCCAUUCGCUGCCUGAAUAUCUGAUUGAUGAUCGUGGAAAUGUGCAGCCUGGAAUUCCAGGAUCAAGUGCCCCAAUAAGAUUCUCAGCCGUCGUUACAUCACCAACGGCAUCGAAUGGAAGUGGAAGUGGACGAAGAAAGACCGCGUCGACUUCGGCAAGUCAAGACAAUUACUGA